AGAGAGAGAGAGAGAGAGAGAGAGAGAGAGAGAGAGAGAGAGAGAGAGUUAGAGAGAGAGAGAGAGAGAGAGAGAGAGAGAGAGAGAGAAGAGAGAGAGAGAGAGAGAGAGAGAGAGAGAGAGAGAGAGAGAGAGAAGAGAGAGAGAAGACGGAACAACAACAGAGACGCAGAGACGGAACAACAGACGCAGAGACGGAACAAACAGACGCAGAGACGGAACAACAGACGCAGAGACGGAAACAAACAGACGACGGAACAACAGACGCAGAGACGGAACAGCAGACGCCAGAGACGGAACCAACAGACGCAGAGACGGAACAACAGACGCAGAGACGGAACAACAAAGACGGAACAACAGAUCAGAGGCAGGCCAACAGACGCAGAGACGGAACAACAGACGCAGAGGCAGGCCAACAGACGCAGAGACGGAACAACAGACGCAGAGACGGAACAACAGACGCAGAGACGGAACAACAGACAGACGCAGAGAUCGGAACAGCGCACAAGCGCAGAGACGCAGAGACGAACAAACAGAGCAGAGACGCACAGACGCAGAGACGGAACAACAGACGCAGAGACGGAACAACAGACGCAGAGACGCAAACAGACGCAGAGACGGAACAACAGACGCAGAGAACAGACGCAGAGACGGAACAAAGACGCAGACGAACACAGACGCAGAGACAACAACAGACGCAGAGACGGAACAACAAGACGCAGAACAGAGAACGCAACAGACGCAGAGACGGAACAACAGACGCAGAGACGGAACACAGACACGCAGAGACGGAACAACAGACGCAGAGACGGAACAACAGAACGCAGAGACGGAACAACAGACGCAGAGACCAACAGACGCAGAGACGGAACAACAGACGCAGAGACGGAACAACAGACGCAGAGACGGAACAACAGACGCAGAGACGGAACAACAGACGCAGAGACGGAAACAACAGACGCAGAGACGGAACAACAGACGCAGAGACGGACAACAGACGCAGAGACGGAAAACAACGCAGAACGGAACAGACGCACGGAACAACAGACGCAGAGACGGAACAACAGACGCAGAGAGGACGCAGAGACGGAACAACAGACGCAGAGACGGAACAACAGACGCAGAGACGGAACAACAGACGCAGAGACGGAACAACAGACGCAGACGCAGGCCAACAGACGCAGAGACGGAACAACAGACGCAGAGGCAGGCGACGCAGAGACAACAACAGACGCAGAGACGGAACAACAGAUAGAGACGGAACAACAGAAGAGACGGAAACAGACGCAGAGACGGAACAACAGACGCAAGACGGAACAACAGACGCAGAGACGGAACAACAGACGCAGAGACGGAACAACAGACGCAGAGCAGAACAGACGCAGACGGAACAACAGACGCAGAGACGAAACAAACAGACGCAGAGACGGAACAACAGACGCAGAGACGGAACAACAGACGCAGAGACGGAACAACAGACGCAGAGACGGAACAACAGACGCAGAGACGGAACAACAGACGCAGAGGCAGGCCAACAGACGGGCGGACGCGACACAGACCCAGACAGAGCGGAAAGGAAAUCAGGAGCCACAUGAGUCAGUCAGUCAGUCAGUCAGUCCGUCUGUCCGUGGUGCGUGGGAGGCGAGGCCGCCCGAGGGACCGGACGCCGCGCGGACUCCCAGCGGAGGCGCAGCAGGAGGUGCGUCGCGCCCUCCGCGCUCCUGGGGCCGCGAGCGACCGUCGCGUUCCCGAGCCCGGCCGGAGUUUGGAAAGAAGCGUGGGAAGGUAGAAUGGGGGAUAGAGGGAGGCCAAGGAACGGAGGACAACGAGGCGAGGAGAAAGGAGCUGGCGCAGGAGGAGGCCGACUCGCUCUACUCCCAUUCCCGUCUUUCGCACCUCCAUGGCGGCCGCCCACGCACGCCCUCGCCUCCUCGCACCGCGCAGCCACUCGUGAAGCUCUUUCGCCACGAGAGUUCGCAAUGGAGGCGAGUGCGGGGCCCGGGUGAGGGCGGCGGGCGUGCUGGCUGGCAAAGUCGCCCUCCUUUGAGCCUAUUAUCCGACGCUGUCAUCAGCGUUAAUGGCGUGGGAGGGCCAAUGGGAGAUGGAAUGGUCAUCAGCGUUAAUGGCAAUGGGAGACGACCAGAAUGGGCCAAUGGUCAUCAGCGUUAA